AGAUACCAAGAAUGUCUAUCUCCAAACGCAUCCCUUAUAAUAUUUCCUCUUUUUUUUUUCCUUUUUUUUAUUUGUUCAGGAAAAAACUCUCCAAUCAUCUGGCCGUUAAAGCACCUCGUGACUCGCUCAACUGAGUCGGAGCUCCGAGUUAAAACUCUGCCGUAUUUGCACAUGUGGUGAUCUCCACACUCCUGGCAUGCACCUAGACAUAGACGUAUACGUACACGUAUUCGUGUAUAUAUAGCGGCUUUCUGUGGUCGAACGGCGGCUGACGAGCUUUCGUUGUUCUGCUUCGGAUUUGAGCUGUGGGAGUGAAGAGUUAGAGAGAGAGAGAGAGAUGGAGGAGGAGCAGGAGAGAGAAACCGGAGAGAAGAUAAAGAUUGGAGUUUGUGUGAUGGAAAAGAAGGUGAAAUGCGGCCCCGAGGUUCAUCUUUUCCUUUUUGCUCACUUUGUGUACGCUUCGAAAGCAAUCAUGUAUGUAUAUUGAACAAUGUAUGUAUGCUAUGAACUUGUUCGUUUUCUGCAGGUGUUUUCGGCGCCCAUGGGGCAGAUUCUCGAACGGCUGCAAGCGUUUGGCGAAUUUGAGCUGGCCAAUUUGUGACUGCUUGAUUGCCUUUCAUUCCUCCGGCUAUCCUCUGGAAAAGGCUGAGGCAUAUGCUGCUUUAAGGAAGCCUUUUCUAGUAAAUGAGUUGGAGCCGCAACACCUUCUCCAUGACCGAAGGAAGGUUUAUGAGCAUCUUGAAAUGCACGGAGUCUCUGUUCCCAGAUAUGCCGUUGUAAAUAGAGAAGUACCUUAUCAAGAGCUGGACUAUUUUAUUGAGGAAGAAGAUUUUGUUGAGGUUCAUGGUCAGCGUUUCUGGAAGCCAUUUGUAGAGAAGCCUGUUGAAGGGGAUGAUCAUAGUAUAAUGAUAUAUUAUCCCAGUUCGGCAGGUGGAGGAAUGAAGGAAUUGUUUCGGAAGGUUGGUAACCGAUCUAGUGAUUUCCAUCCGGAUGUUAGACGAGUGAGACGUGAAGGCUCUUAUAUAUACGAGGAAUUCAUGCCAACUGGAGGAACAGAUGUCAAGGUGUAUACAGUGGGACCUGAAUAUGCACAUGCUGAGGCAAGGAAGUCUCCUGUUGUUGAUGGUGUUGUCAUGAGAAAUCCUGAUGGCAAGGAAGUGAGGUAUCCUGUUUUACUGACACCCACUGAGAAGCAAAUGGCAAGGGAGGUCUGCAUUGCAUUUAGGCAAGCGGUUUGUGGGUUUGACCUUUUGCGCUGUGAGGGACGCUCCUAUGUUUGUGACGUAAAUGGAUGGAGUUUCGUAAAGAACUCUCACAAGUAUUAUGAUGAUGCUGCUUGUGUGCUCAGGAAGUUACUUUUAGAUGCCAAGGCCCCUCAUCUUUCUUCUGCAAUUCCACCAACAUUACCAUGGAAAGUCAAUGAACCAAGCCAACCUACUGAGAGACUAACUCGUCAAGGAAGUGGAAUCAUUGGCACAUUUGGGCAGUCGGAGGAGCUACGUUGUGUUAUUGCUAUCAUUCGUCAUGGUGAUAGAACUCCCAAACAGAAGGUAAAGCUGAAGGUUACUGAGGAAAAGCUGCUAAACUUGAUGCUUAAGUACAAUGGUGGACGACCUAGAUCCGAGACGAAAUUGAAAAGUGCUGUCCAAUUGCAAGAUUUAUUAGAUGCCACACGAAUGCUAGUACCUCGUACCAGACCAGGUCGAGAAAGUGAUAGUGAGGCAGAAGACAUUGAACAUGCUGAAAAGCUUCGUCAAGUUAAAGCAGUGCUUGAGGAGGGGGGCCAUUUCUCUGGCAUUUAUAGGAAGGUUCAACUAAAGCCAUUAAAGUGGGUUAAAGUGGCAAAAAGUAAUGGGGAAGGUGAGGAAGAACGCCCAGUUGAAGCUUUGAUGGUUCUUAAAUAUGGGGGUGUCCUUACACAUGCUGGAAGGAAGCAGGCUGAGGAGCUGGGUAGAUAUUUUCGGAAUAAUAUGUAUCCAGGUGAAGGUACCGGCCUGCUUCGCCUCCAUAGCACCUAUCGUCAUGAUCUUAAAAUCUACAGCUCUGAUGAGGGCCGUGUGCAGAUGUCUGCCGCUGCUUUUGCUAAAGGCCUACUUGAUCUUGAAGGGCAGCUAACACCAAUCCUGGUUUCCCUUGUUAGCAAGGACUCCUCUAUGUUGGAUGGACUAGACAAUGCAAGUGUUGAGAUGGACGAAGCAAAGGCUAGGUUGAAUGAGAUUAUUACUUCUGGUUUAAAGACGGGUAAUAACAGUGCAACACCUCCUUGGAUGGCUGAUGGAGGUGGUCUGCCUUUAGAUGCUUCCGAACUUCUACCUAAAUUGGUAAAAUUGACUAAGAAGGUCACUGAACAAGUACGACUGCUAGCAAAGAAUGAAAAUGAGGAACUUACAAAGACAAGCUCAGAUGAUGUAACACUUCCUUAUGACCAAGCAAGGGCCCUUGGUAAGACUAACAUUGAUGUUGAUCGUAUUGCUGCUGGAUUACCAUGCGGUAGUGAGGGAUUCCUUUUGAUGUAUGCUCGAUGGAGAAAGCUUGCAAAGGACUUGUACAGUGAACGAAAAGAACGAUUCGACUUAACACAAAUUCCAGAUGUUUACGACUCGUGCAAAUACGAUCUCCUGCAUAAUGCACAUCUUAAUCUGGAAGGUCUGGAUGAGCUGUUCAAAAUUGCUCAGUUGCUUGCAGAUGGAGUCAUCCCAAAUGAGUAUGGCAUUAAUCCAACACAGAAACUCAAUAUUGGUUCAAAGAUUGCUCGUCGUUUGUUGGGUAAGAUAAUGAUUGACCUCAGAAAUACUCGUGAAGAAGCCAUCAGUGUUGCUGCUGAACCAAAGAGUGAUCAGGAUGAACAUUCAAAGUCAACCAAUACCGAGAAGGAAGAUAAGAAGCAUCAUCCCAAGCUUCAUGUUAAGAUUGAUGACAGAAAAUCUAGCACAAGUGAUACGCCAAAGCUUUCUGCUAAGAACGAAGAUACGAGGAGACCCAGUACAACAAGCGAGAUAUCAAUAGAUCAGGAUGACGACGAUGAUAAAGAGACCCAAUAUCGUUUGGAUCCAAAGUAUGCAAAUGUCAGAACGCCUGAACGGCAUGUGCGGACGCGCCUGUACUUUACAUCAGAAUCUCACAUCCACUCUCUCAUGAAUGUUCUCCGUUACUGUAACCUGGACGAGUCUCUUCAAGGAGAGGAUGGCCUAGUUUGCCAUAGUGCAUUGGAGCGUUUAUACAAUACUAAGGAGCUUGACUACAUGAGUUAUAUAGUUCUGAGGAUGUUCGAGAACACAGCAGUAGCUCUUGAAGACACAAAAAAAUUCCGCGUGGAACUGACCUUUAGCCGUGGUGCAGACCUAUCGCCAUUGGAGAAGAAUGACAGUAAGGCUACGUUUUUGCGUCAAGAGCACACACUACCGGUUAUGGGUCCGGAAAGGUUGCAAGAAGUGGGAUCGUAUCUAACAUUAGAUAAAAUGGAGAAAAUGAUACGCUCGUUUGCUAUGCCAGCAGAAGAUUUUCCUCCAGCAUCGACUCCAGCAGGAUUCACAGGCUAUUUCUCAAAAAGCGCAGCAGUGCUCGAGCGCCUGGUAAAUCUCUGGCCUUUCCAUAAGCAUGCUAAUUCUAAUGGAAAGUAGCAAAGUACCCAUACCGCCCUGCCCCGUCCUUUGCUUUUUACAUCCUUUGUUGUUCUUGUGCUCAUCUUGAUGCACAUGGAACUUUGGUUGGUGGAGCAACCAAGGUCAAAUUUUGACAACUUCUGGAGUAGAUUUGAAUUACUAACAGCUGAAAACCACAGAUAAAUGUUGUUGAGAUGGGAGUCGAAAAUCAAAAUAAAGAGCCUGCAUUUCUCUCUC